AUGUACAUUAGGCCAGUCCAUGCUGUUCUUCAGCACCACACCCUCCGAUCUUUCAUAAGAGGCAACCCCCUCGGCAUUCUCACCACAGGUAUCGUGCACCCCAAUAUGCCCUUCCUUCAAUCCUCGCACAUCCCAUUCCUCAUCGAUGACCCAUCCUCAGCGGACACCAACGAUCUCGGCGCCCUGCGCGGGCACAUCGCCCUAGCAAACCCCCAAGCCAAAGCCCUCAUCGCCGCCGCCCUCGUCGCCCCGUCCGCCUCCCCAGGAAAGGGCACACUCCCCGACGAAGUCCUCGUGCUCUUCACAGGCACACCGCAGGCCUACAUCACUCCCAGCCUAUACACAGAGACGAAGCCCGCAACAGGCAAGGUCGUGCCCACAUGGGACUACGUCGCCGUGCAGGCGUACGGGCGCGUGACGGUGUAUCACCACCGCCACGGGGAUGACGCCGCCAGCAGGGAGGAGACCGACAGUUUCCUGCAGAAGGCAGUGGGCGAUCUGACAAAUUUCGCAGAGCGCGAUGUGGCGCGGAAGGAGGAAGGGCGGGAGUGGAAGGUCGGAGAUGCGCCUGAGAGCUACGUGAAUGCGCUCAAGAGGGCGAUUAUUGGGAUCGAGAUCAAGCUCACGCGGUUGGAGGGGCGAUGGAAAAUGGGGCAGGAGCUGAGCGAGGGCGAUCGGAAGGGCGUCGUGGAUGGGAUGCGGGCGCUUGGGACGGACGUGGGCGGGGAGAUUGCGAGUGUGGUUGAGGAGAUGAGGAGGACGGUGUGA